AUGUUUGUUCCCUUGUGGGCCCGGGCAAUACCUUUCUAUAUUAAGAUGUGUUUACGCCUGUGUCACCAAAGUCAUCGUCCGAGCAAUGAUCAUUUAUCUUUCUGUCCUCACGCAGAUAUAAAUGAAUGCAAGAUCGCGAAAGAUAACAACGAAGACAUCUGUGGAAAGAAAGGAACUUGUCAUAAUGUUCUUGGGAGUUAUUGGUGCAUUUGCCAAGAAGGAUACACCAAUUACGGCAACAAAAGGACGCCGUGCUCAGAGCUUGACUGUAACAGCUUCGGUGGCGACGAUGAAGCUGCACAAUCGCUCGCAGGCCUGGCAGACAUUUUGUCCAUGAUGAGAAACAGCUGUUUGAGUCUGUCUAACCCAAGCUCUGCUGGUGUAGGGAAGGUUGAUGGAGAGGCGCUACUGGAGAAACUUUUCACGGCCACUGAGGUGAUGCUGUCUCCCAGACAACUGAACAGCAGCGACGGUGUGAGCGAGUUGCUCGGCACAAUGGAGAACUCUAUUUUGCUCAUCGGUCCUCAGCUCAAAGGCAACCACACCAAGAUGGAGACCACAGAGACUGAUGUAGAGAUUGCUGUUCAAAGAGGAAAGACCCGACCAACUGGACCAAUCCGUCUGAUCAAUGAAAACGCUAGCCUCGACACCGACUGGACGACAGCAGCUGGGACAGGAACAUACCCCGGUUUUGCUCUGGCCGCAUUGUUGACCUACAAAAACCUUGAGCAAUCCAUGAACGAGUCUUUUGAGGAUUUCAAAGAAUAUCAAAAAGAUGGUAUGGAGCCGUCCUUCCAGGUCUCCUCUAAAGUUGUAUCUGUUGUGGUCUCCAACCCGUCCACUCAGAAACUGAAUCACCCUGUUAAAAUCACCCUCAGACAUCUAGAGGAUGAAGCGGAGUCCCCUCGGCUGCGCUACAUCUGCGCAUACUGGAAUGAAAAAGGAGUCUGGUCCACAGAUGGUUGCUCACCAGAGUACUCUAAUGCCACACACACUUCUUGUACGUGUAAACAUCUGAGCAGCUUUGCUGUGCUCAUGGCCCUUUACCCCAUGGAGCACACCUUUGGGCUCUUGCUGGUGACCAAGAUCGGGCUGACCAUCUCCCUGCUGUGUCUGAUAUUCUGCAUCCUGACGUUCAUGUUCUGCCGAUCCAUACAAGGGACUCGCACCACCAUCCACCUGCACCUCUGCAUCUGCCUCUUCUUUGCUGAUCUCAUCUUCCUGGCUGGCAUUUCACAAACUAAACCUGAAGCCGGAUGCAGGUUUGUUGCAGCGAUGCUUCACUUCUUCUUCUUGGGCGUUUUCACCUGGAUGCUGUUAGAAGGGGUGCAGCUGUACCGCAUGGUUGUCCUAGUGUUCAACGCCACCAUCCGGCCUCUCUACCUGUAUAUCACGGGUUACGGGGCACCUCUUGUUAUCGUCACUCUGUCUGGCAUCAUUAGACCAACGAGAUACGGCACUAACGAGUACUGCUGGCUAUCCCUGAAAGACGGCCUCAUCUGGAGCUUCUACGGCCCCGUGUGCUUCAUCAUUUUCCUGAAUGUCUUUUUCUUCAUCGUCACUGUCUGGAAACUCGCCCAGAAGUUCACCAGCCUCAACCCAGACCUCUCCAAACUGCACAAAAUCAAAGCGUUCACAGUGACAGCUAUAGCCCAGAUGUGCAUCCUGGGUCUGAUGUGGGUGUUUGGGGCCUUCUUGUUUCAAGAGGGACCAGCAGCAGUGGCAUACAUCUUCACGAUCCUCAACAGCCUACAGGGUGCACUGGUCUUCAUCAUGCACUGCCUGCUGUCUAAACAGGUGAGAGACGAGUACGCCCAUUUCCUCUCUUGUAUCUGCACGCCACAGAAAAAGAGAUACUCGGACUUCAGCACCACCAAUCCCUCCAGCAGUCAGUCGCAGGGUUCUCGAAGUGGGCAGCACACCGGAGAAUCACAAAUUUGAGGAGCUGUUGUUUUUAAUUCUCCCCCAAAGACAGACUAUCACACCUUUAGCCUAUCUGGGCCCUCAUUUUAAAGGUUUGAAUCACUUCAAGUAAAAAUUCAGCCAUUUAUUUCUUCACCUUUACGUCAGUUUAAACUCCACUGAAAGCAGUGACUCUGUACCUGGGGAUGGCAGAAUACAUUCUUUGAUUUGUGAGUUAGGAAAGAAGUAAAAAUGGAUUUCUGAUACACAAGGUUUUAUUAGUGUGUCGGAGUUUUCACAAAGGUUUUCAUGUCAAAAUGAAACAUCACUGUUUGGUACUGUGGAUCUGCAAGCAGGUAUUACUUGUUUUUAUGAAGUUCACCCACCACAUCAGUAGUUUACCGCUGCAGAUGUAAUUAUCCGCCCUGUGGUUGAAGUUCAGUCCUUUCAGCACCUAAUAUAAAUAGUGGGACCAAAUUCUUUUACAACUUUAAAGCCAUAAACCUAAAUCCAUGAAACUGAAUCACACCAUCAGCCAAUCAGUUGUAUUAAGGGUCAUAAGGUCUGGCAUUUACCUCAUUUAUUUAGUUAUUUUCCUUACUGAUCGUGUUCUGCAGCACUCUCUGUAGAUGGAGUUGUAUCGAUAAAGACUGAUUUUUAUUUGUGUUACUUAUGUGGCAGCAGGCAAGAAGAAGCCAACUGUUAAAAGUGUUUAUUCACAGGCUGAAGAAGUGAAGCCCAUCGGUUCAUCGAUGAACAUAUCACAAUCGUAAAAUAAGCUGUAUUCCCUUCAAAGUGAUUCAAAGUGAGACUAAUAUAGAUAUAUUUAUUUUAAAGUGCAGACGGCGAAGCCGAAAUUAUGUCGGCUGCAAGAAAAUAUGAGUAGCACAAGAAAACAGUUUGCACUCUAUUUUAUAUAAAUGUUUAAUGUAAAAAUAAGGAUGGGCGUGCUUUUUUUUGUUUAUGGGAUCUUCUCAGAUAACUUUUUUUUUUCAUGUACUGUAUUCAACAGUAUGUUGUGAUGGGAAAGAAACAACUGACUGAUGAUACAAAUUACCCAUGAAGUGCCUCUGAGUUUGCUCAUGUUCCCAUGCGGGCUCCUGCGAAGAUCUUAUAUCUGUUGUUACUUUCAUUCCUAAACAAAAUAAGUGAUUUUAAAUCACUUGUGGCUAUUUUGAAAAGAAUCUAUCUCAGUUUACAAUUGAGCUGUGCCCUUUAUCCACAGGUGUAUGUGAAUUUUAUAUUUUGAUUUUUUUUUUUUGGUUGUUCUUGAAAUUGUAAACCAAGUAAACAAAUCCGUCUGGGCAAUUUACAAAAACAGACCCACCCUUUUGAUAAGCCUGCAGCUUCCUGCAAUCAAACUGUGUUUAAGGAAUACAUUUCCAUUUUGUUAUGUUCUUAUUAUAGCUGUUAGCUUGUGCCUGCACACAUUGUUAGUUACUGUAAAGGUUGAAGUCACAAUCCCUUAAAUGAGAACUUCAGCAGUAAUGGGAGUUGUACAGACCUGAGUUUAUUUUAUUGCACUUUUCCAUUGUAAAAAAAACAAAAAAACAAAAAAAAAGGAUCCGGCACACCUUCACUCGCACAGUGCAUGUAAUAAUCGAGAAGACUUGAGAACCAGCCUCGCUUACUGAACCUGAACAGUUGUGAAAAUAUAUUUUUAUAUUUUCAGUUUUUAUAGAAACUUUUAGAACAUGUUGUCUUUAGAGAAAGUGGGAGCAAAUCUUUGGAUUUAUUUUCUGAUUUUUUGAUAUGAAAAUUUUCCUUGAUUGACCGUUUCUUUAGAUUUAAAUUACGUCUCCCUUUCUGUUCUACAAACCCAAUUAAAACCACCGAAGUGCUGGUUUUAACAGCUAAACUGUUCUUCGGUUCAUAAGUGUCACUGCAGUUUUUUUUGUUGUUGUUUUUUUUUUAAAAAAAAAAAGACCAUCGAAGCCUUUUAUUCAUGCAUUGCAAAAUGUAUUUUUUAUGUGAAAAAGCUACGUGCAUUAUGCAGCUUUUGGUGAAUGUAAGAAUUGUUGUUGUUAGAAUAUACUAUAUGAACUUAUUUUUUUACUUUCGGUACUGUUUUCCUUAAAGAAUAUGCACCACAAAAUGUAUUAAAGCUUCUACUUCAUCAGAAAAA